AUGUCCGUGGUUCUGUGUGCUCGAGGACAGGCUAACAAUUUGGCAGACCUGAUCACAUCCAACCCCAACCUUUCCGAGCUGGCGUCGUUGAUCAACCAAAACAACUCAGACCUGUUACAAAUCACCCUACAACUGCAGACUCCUUCGAUGACAGUGUUCGCUCCAAACAACCAGGCGAUUCUCCACUUUAAGCGAGCAAACCCGGCUGGUGUCGAGAACGCCACACUAGUCAGAAACAUCAUCCUAAACCAUGUCCUGAUCAAUCAAACAGUCAAGUCAUCAGUCAUCGCCUCCAACAUGAGAGCAUUAAGUGCUUUGAAUCGCCCACUCUGGUUUGUUAAAACUGCUGACAGAGCAACUGUUAACGAAGCCAAGAUUGUCGCGGCCGACAUGAUGGCCUCCAAUGGUAUCAUCCACAUGAUCGACGGGGUACUGUUCCCCCUGGGGGAGACCAUAACUGUGGGUCAAGCCGUCAUGGAUAACCCAGAAUUCAGUGGCCUGAAGGCGUUCGUGGACUUAGCCCCGGAGAUUAAGAACAUGUUAGUGAACCAGAGUCACAUGGUCACCGUAUUUGCCCCCGUGAACGAGGCCCUUCCAAGCCCGGAUGGAUUCUCCAGCACUGAGAUCGACGCGGUUCUGAAACGUCACAUUGUCGUCAACAACGUCCUGUUUGCCAAUUACUUCAGCCGUGGCGGCAGGAUUGGGACAUACCAUGGAGACAUUAUGACCAAGUAUAUGUCCGACAAUGUGUACCUGAAGAACUCCGGUGAUCUCUGGUCACGCGUUGUCAGCUCGGCGGGAAUCCCCAUUCUCAAUGGGGUCGUUCACCGUAUCAAUGGGGUCCUGGGCCUCACGACGGGGGUCAAUCUGGUGGAGGCUCUGGGGCUGAACGGUCUGACGCAACUUAAAGGCAAAGUUACAAACGAGAAGCUGGACAGCGCCUUGAUGGACAAGUCACAAAAUUACACAAUUUUUGCCCCGUCAAAUUCCGCCUUUGAAAAAUUCACUUCACCUUCGGAACCCCUGUCAACGAUCUUAAAGCGCCACGUGAUUAAGGGAGCAGUAAUGAGUUCCGACUUAAAGGCUGCUCAGACAGUACAGACGUUAAACAGCGGUGAGACGAUCACCGUGACGAAAACGCACGGAAAAGUGUAUGUGGAAUACAAUGGAAUUCAGGGCACAGUCAUAUCGGCGGACAAAAAAGCCUCAAAUGGAGUGAUCCAUUUCAUCGACAUCGUCCUGAGCGGUGCCGCUCCUCUCCGUCUCUCUGUCUUCUUACUGAUGCCGCUCCUCGCCAUCCUGAUGCUCUAA